UAUGCGGUAAAAGGAAUACAAACAGAAAUCUGCCAUGAAUCUUGAACUUCUUCGUGAGUAUGACACCAGUUUCUGUCAAAACUGCGCAGGUCUUAGUCGUUUAUUUGCAAGUUUUCUAGGCCUGUGCUAAUUCUAUUUGUUAUCAUGUAAUCUAUGGCCUUCAGUAUAUGUUGUUUUGGUUGAUUGCUUGCUAAUUGAUAACCUCUUAAAGCUCUCUGUGACGGCAGUGUAAAGCUCAUCUCGUAGAGAUUAAUCAAUGAUAAACGCCCAACUACAUAUCCUUCUAUUUGGAGAAAAAAAUGUUUUCAUAUACUUGUCCAUGGACUUUAUCUGUUCCUCAGAGAACUGAUUUUUCCCAAACCUGGCUCUCUGAUAACUGUUCAUCACUCCAAACUUAUGUCAGAUAUGGUCCACUGAAGUUUGUGAUGUUCGUGUUGCUAUGAAGAUACAGACGUCAUUUAACCACACGAUGAAGAGUGUACCCUAUGGAAAAUAAUUCUGAUUUCUUUUACCUCUCAGUUAGUACAGGCCCUAUGAUUGGUUAAUUAAGCAGACUGUAUUUAACUUUAUGGCCCGCUCUAUUUGAACCUAGUGGUAUGAUAAAUAUCUUACUGACCUUGUUUCCUCAGUCUGUCCUACUAGUAUGGGAACACCAUUUUUCCACUUAGAGUUAAGGCCUGCUUGCUUCAUGCCUAGGCCAUAAAUCUGAGUGGAGAAAACCUGGUCUAUAACUUAUAGUAGAGAUCUCAAACUCAGUUAAUAAAAGGUAUUGACUUGUGUGAGUAUGUUACAGUUUACUAGUCAGUGAUAAAUAAAUUGAAGUGGUUUUAUCAAAUUUCAGAGUCUUUCGGGCAAAGCUAUCCUGAGGUAAGAAUGAGUUCCUCUACUGAAGACAAUUGUAAGUUGAAAGAAAUUGUUUCUCAACUGGGUGACUGCAAUUAAUUGAUAUGUUAAGCAUGCGUUAUUCACAGGAGAUGGCCUGUUUUGAGAGCUUAGACCUUUGAAUGUCAUGAUUUUCAGUCAUGGCCUUAGUGUGGUUGCAUCAGGGUCAUCAUAAAUGCAAAAAAUCCAUUCAGACACCAGAAAUGCUUUAACCUUUAACCUCUAAGAGUGACCAGAAUCUAAUUUCUCCUUACAAUAUCACCCCUGAAUCACACACUAGGGUCAUGAGAACAAUGAAAAUAAUCAACAAUUACAGAAGCUCUGGAUUGUUAAGCUAAUUCUCCUAAUCAGCACCUGAGGAAAUGUACAGAGAACAGUAAGGAGAAUAUGCAUACUGAUGUUAGGUUGUAAAGGGUUAACUAAGUAGGGUUAUGUUUACAAACCAAUGGACAUGAUCAUAAAGCUAACUUCAAUCACAUAAUAAGGGCUUUUACAGAAUAUUGAUAAACAGUUGAUUUCCCUGAGUAAAACCAUAAAUAUUGCAAGAAGAUGUAUGGAAAGUAUAAAAAGCAAGAAAAUUUAAGCCAAAGAUGAUAAUCACAAAUGUUUGCAUUCACUUGUAAGAGAUGGCUCCUUGCAACAGAGUCCAGUGAUUAUGACUUGUGCCGUCAGUAGGAACCAAAAAUGAUUGACAAGAGGGGUGGUGUGAGGAGCUUUGACUAUGUUACUCUUUUUAACCUUUACACUUUGAUCACAGGAAUAUGAUGGUAGCUUGGACUCUGUUAGUGUUGCUGGAACAGCAUCAUUCAAUAGAAGAGGUUCUCUCCUAGCUGUCGGCUGCAAUGAUGGACGCAUUGUCAUCUGGGAUUUUUUGACAAGAGGAAUUGCAAAAAUUAUAAGUGCUCAUGUCCAUCCUGUCACAUCUGUCAGGUAAGGACAAUAUGGCAUGGCAAGUAUUGUCCAAUGACCAGUACUAGUAAUUCAGUACAAAGUUUGUAGAAUAAAUUGCAUUCUUUAGGUUUUGAUUCUAUAAUGAGGCAUUACAUUAAUUAUGUGUAUAUGACAUACUAUGAUUUUUACUGCAAUUCAAUUGGAAAAUUUACUUCUGUUCUUUCUUUCUGUUCAUCAAACACUUGAAAAGUUUAAACAGGGAAGUAUUAGAUUUUAACAACAAAGUUAAUGCAAAACAUUUUUAUCCCUUUACUGCACAAAGGGCAGCCAAGCAAGCUUAAAAUGUUGCUAUUUUUUCUAUGAGUAAAUAUAACUUUUAAAUAUAGAACUGAUAAGUUUAGACAAUUUUUCAUGAGUCUUCCUGAUUUCAUGUACAAAAAUGUAAGAUACAACAUAACCUUAUCAGAAGUCAAAUUGCAUUGCAAAAAAUAUGUUUAUUGGCUAUAAUUCUUUUGAUUGAGUGUGGUCUUAAUUGAUUUAAUUGAAAAUAGUCUCUUAAUUGUUACAUGUUUUCAUUAUUUGUGUCAUUCAGCUGGAGUCGAAAUGGACGCAAACUACUGAGUGGUUCAAAUGACUGGAAUGUGUCUGUGUGGGAUGUUCUGUCUGGCGAGUGUGAUCAGAAGUACCGUUUUCAAUCUCCAGUCACCAAAGUCCAGUUCCAUCCUCGCAACAAGUUUGUGCCUCAGAUUUUGAUCUUGCAUGUACUAACUGUUCCAUUGCACACCUCACUAAGUCCCCACAUAUGCCUGCUUCAUAUACCUGAAUCAGUCAAACCUUAGAAUCCCCUUAAUCCUUUUACUCCUGUGAGUGACCAAGACAGAACUUCACUUUAUCAAUUAAGGGAUUACUUAUUGAUUCAAUACCAAAUUCACUGUCAACUAUACAAUUUUUAUAAUGUUCAGAGAAUUUAGUAUUGGAUCAACUAAUUAUCCUCAAAUUGGUAGUUUUCUUUAUUCUCAUCACUUGUCUGGUUGAUAUUGUAUUGAUAUUGUAAGGAGAAAUUCUGUCUUGGUCACUCAUGGGAGUUUAAGAGCUAGGCAGUCUGAAUUUGACUGUGGAUCAUUUGAUAGUGUGAUGAUUGCAAUUCAUAACAGCAAUCUAAAAAAAAUUGAUCACAUUUCUAACAAAUUCUUCACAUUGAUUUCUCUGAAUGGGUUUUUUUUAGAGUUUCUUGAUAGCUAUUUUCCAUGGGAAAAGUAUAUUGAACUCAGCCAAGCAAGUGUUUGUGGCGAGGAAAGAAAUGACUCCUUUGAGAACAAUUCAUCAAGACUGAUUCCAAACACAUUUUGUUCUUGUUGCAGUAACAUCAUACUUGUGUGUCCUAUGAAACAUUCACCAGUACUUGUCAAGCUGGAUGGACAGCACUUUUCUCUGCCAAAUGGUGGAGAGGUAAUUCAAUAUUUUAAUGUAUUCAUAAAGGUUGUAUUUUAAAUUAGUAAAAUAUUAAUUAUUAAUUAAAAAUACUUGCUCUAUUAGGUACUUUCUUAGUAUUUUAAGUAAUUUGAAAUUGUAAGGUAACUAUUUGAUACAGAAUAUUUCUCAGCUGCAUACAAUGUCAGUGAAAAGAGAAACAAAAAAAAAGACCUCCUUUUUGAUAAAGUGCUCCUAAGUACCUUUGCCAUGCACAAACUAGCCUGCAAACAGGCACCCAAUCAGGGUGAUGACUAAAGGGAACAUAGAAAAUGCAAUUUAAAGGGAACAGGGAGUAAAACAAAGGUAAUCCUUACCUCAGUUGCUUUCCUCCUUUUCUUACUUAAAAAUAUUAGCUUCUUGGCAAGGUUUUCCUGAGUGAUCAACCAUACGUUCAGUGAAACUGUAUCACACUUUGCUUAGCUACUACAUACAUCUUUGUAUUAACAUCAGUGAAAAUAAACAAUAACCCACUUAUCUAACAACCUAGCCUGGGAAUGUCAUACCUCUGAUGACCUCUUCAUUUGAAAACAAGAGAUUUUCCUGUAAGUGCAUUCUCUUUUAUUUAACCUUUUACUUCCAAGAUCUGAUUUUCAGUUCUUCCCUCUAGCAUCCACACAUUUCCUUGUACCUGUAUCCAUGGUUCUAUGGUACCCCACUUGAGUUUCAAAUGGCCUGUAAGGCCAGGCUCUUUAGCCACGAGUUGGUAGGGAGGAAAAGGGACUAACUGAGAUGAGCAUGAUUUAGAUGAUUGAAUUUAGAUAGUGUGUAAAGAUGUUAUGAGGUAACCUUUAACUCCAGAUCAAAUUCCUAAUUCUCCUUACUGUCAACCAUACAAUUCUUAUAAUGUUAGUUCAGAAAAUUUAGUAUUGGAUCAACUAAUUAUCCCCAAAUUGAUAUUUUUCUUUAUUCUCAACACUUAUCUGAUUGAUAUUGUAUUGACAUUGUAAGGAGAAAUUCUGUCUUAGUCACUUGUGGGAGUAAAAGAAUUAAUGAACUAGAAAAAAAAGAUAAAUGAAUUUGGAAUAAGAAAACAAAGGAUUGGUAACAACAUUCACUGGAUCAGAGGGGACUGUUAGGUAAAGGCAAAUUUCAACAUUUCCAGCUGCUACUUGGUUUGACACUAGAGUGUAUCAUAACUAGCAUCAGGCAGGUGACUUCCCUAUGCUUCUUUGAGUUAGCUUGUGUAUGAGCUCUCCUUUUGCAAGCUCCUUUAUACUCCUCUCUGAAUUUCAGCCUGAACCUUGUGUGAGAGCUUGCUUGUAGGAAAUAUUGGAAUAGUGCCAUUUUUUUAAGCGUGCUGUUCACUCCUCUACCUCCGUAAGUGGUUAUUCCAUAUAUUUAAAAAAAAAACGACUUGGCUACCAAAAUUCCAACAUCAUUAAUCUAUGGUUACAUUGCAGUUUAUUUUAAUUUUUAUUAUUUAUUUACUAUUUUUUGCGGGACCGAGACGGAAAUCCUGAGCGAGAAACCCGUCAUAAUACUGUCUUUUUAUCACUCUCCUUUGCUGUGAUGUCACGCAACGCCACCUCUUUAUCUCUCCCACAUUCCAAACAGCAAAACAAAAUGGCGGAAGCUCAAGAGGAGAGUUGCGAAGCUUCGACUUCUCUUGACGAAUCGACUAAUUGUCUGCCAUUGUCAUCUCCUGCACUGAAUGACACGAUAAAUUUUAUAUUAUCAGGAUUUUUAAUUGGCUGUCAACCGGUGAGAUGUGGUUGUGAUUUAAGCGAAUACUUGUACAACUUUAAGUCCAUGGAUGACUCGCAAACGCUAGUUACAUUUCACUACACCGGCAGCAAAGCUGAAGGAAUAGAGCAGGCAGCCGACGAUGAUUUCAUGUUUGUUAACCACAAUUUUCGAGUCGUUAAUCAGCCUACAAGUAUCACUGAAGAAGAGAAAGAAGUUUCUUAUUUAAUCGCUACUGAUCUCCACCCAGGCUAUGUACAUUUACGUCGAGAUAACGUCAAAAGCGGACGUAAUGAUUUUAAGCUAACUGAAAAUGAUGGAUUUCUCAGAAGUGAUGUCGUGAAGGCUUUCAUGUUGGAAUCGGACGCAGAAGAGACCGAAAAUGAUGACGAUUUUUUUGGUGAUCUUACAGAACAUGGUCCUGCGCUAACAGAUGAUGCCCACAAUCAAGACUUUGUUUGUGCGUUACCGUGUUGCGAAUGGCCUGACAUCGCCUCUGAAUUUGCUUCUCGCCCGAGAGAAUUUAACCAACCUAGUCCGGAAAUUAUAGAGAAAAUCGUUUCUAAAGGGUGCUUGUACGUCGGUGUCGGUCAUCCAUGCAGUGAAGAUCGAGGCAAAGAAUGGCGAUUGUCUUUCUCUCUGGCAGAAAAAACACUAAUCCGAUGUUGGAGUGACGUGAAGAUCAAAUGUUACAUCGCAGUGAAAUCUCUGUGCAAAGAAAACUUAAGCGCAGAGCCAAAAGUGAUUUGCUCUUAUUUCAUUAAGACAGCUAUUUUUUGGCUCUCUGAAAGAAUGCCUGAGAGUUCUUGGGAUGAGGAGAGAAUUCUGGAGUGCAUUUUAGUCAUAAUUGAAGAACUGCUGUCCUACACAACAAGUGGGACAUGCCCAAAUUAUUUUGUAGCAUCAAAUAACAUGAUGGAUCACUUGGAUUUUGAGCAACGAAAGGAUGCAAUAUCCAUUCUUGAAUCUAUGAUGAGCGAUCUUCCCUUGCCAUCUUACAGUCGCAACUUGCUGCAGACACGUUCAGGUCAAGUGGUGACUUUGUUACUCUGUACCUGGUCUUGA